AUGUCGGCCCCACUCAUCAAGGUCCUGCACCGAUUACAGGAGCUCUUCAAUAAUGUGGUCACUGCCCUGGAAGCCAUGAUCCUGUUUCCGUCACUAUUCCGCGGUCUUUCGCGCAGGAAGCGCAAGCCAUUUGUUGGGGCUCACUGGCGCCGACGCGCGCUGGACGAUUUCGCUCAGGAAGUCGAGACCCUUUUUACAACCCCGCUGUCGACUCCCACCAUGCUGGAGAUGUCGAAGAAGAUCCGCGCACAAUUCCGGGUGUGUCUCCAGCAAAGCCCCGUCUGUAUGCUUCCGUCCUACAAUCACGCUCUACCUACCGGUUCCGAGAAAGGCACGUUCCUCGCGCUGGAUGUGGGCGGCUCGACUUUCCGUGUGGCGCUGAUCGAACUGCACGGACGGGACGCUGAGAUGCGCAUUGUGAAAGUGGCCUCGUGCUACAUCGAUAAUACCGUCAAGCUUCUGCAAGGCACACAAUUCUUCGACUGGAUGGCAGGACACAUUGAGAAGAUGUUGCAGGAUGUUGGUACAGACUAUGGUCGGGGCGAGAUGGCACUACCCAUGGGCUUGUCGUGGUCUUUCCCCAUUGACCAGACCUCACUGGGCAGCGGAUUGAUGAUCCACAUGGGCAAAGGCUUCCAUUGCUCCGAAGGUACCGUGGGACAGGAGCUGGGUGACUUGCUGAUUCAGUCCUGUCGGAAGCGCAGUCUGAACGUCUCCAUGGCGGCGAUUGUCAACGACAGUUCCGCGGCCUUGCUGUCUCGCGCCUAUGUGGAACCUAAGACUCGCAUGUCCUUAAUCCUGGGCACUGGCACCAACAUGGCCAUCCAUUUCCCAGUCACUGAGAUCGGCCGAAGUAAAUUUGGCGUGCGUCCCGAGGGCUGGUUUGACUACGCCAAGCAUGUGAUUAUCAACAGCGAGAUGAGCAUGUUUGGUGGUGGUGUGCUUCCCAUGACCCGAUGGGACGAGGUGCUCAACCGUACACACUUGCGCCCUGACUAUCAGCCACUCGAAUACAUGAUCACAGGUCGUUAUCUUGGUGAAAUUGUCCGCCUCAUCAUCGUCGAGGCCGUUGAAACAGCAGGCCUGUUCGGCGGGGAGCUUCCGCAUUCUAUGCGCGAGCCGUACUCGUUUGACACGAGCAUCGUUGCUUGCAUUGAAGAUGACUCUUCCGCCUCCAUGUCUGCCUCUGCCGCUUUACUGCAAAAACUGCACACCUUCCCGAGCUUCCCUCCCAUCGAGGACUUGCGUUUCCUUCGCCGGGUCUGCCAGGUCGUCUCGCGGCGUGCCGCCGGUUACCUCGCAACUGCCAUUCACAGCAUGUGGUGCCUGCGCAAUGAGGUUGAAUGCCCCACGACACUCUCCACGCCCGACGAUUUGGUGAAGAGUACAUCUGAAGUCACAGUCGUGGAAAGCGAUGAUACCGAGAAGGCUGUCUCGAUCGCCUGCGACGGUACGGUGAUUAACAAAUACCCCGGCUUCCGAGAUACUUGUCAAACCUAUCUGGAUCGACUUUCUGCAGAGUCUCACCACACUGUGGGCUCGGCCAUUCGCUUGGAAGCUGCGCCUGAGAGUGCUAUUCUUGGUGCCGCCGUGGCUGUGGCCGUCGCCAUUGCAGACGCUCCAGCGCAAAAGUCAUGA